CAUUGGCAAACAAAUUUCUGAAUUUUUCUUGAGCCGAUUUCACAAAGCAAAUCAAUCGAGUGAAAAAUGACUGGACGCGGAAAGGGAGGCAAAGGACUGGGAAAGGGGGGCGCCAAGCGCCAUCGCAAGGUGCUCCGUGAUAACAUCCAGGGUAUCACCAAGCCCGCUAUUCGCCGCUUGGCCCGUCGCGGUGGUGUGAAGCGUAUCUCUGGCCUGAUUUACGAGGAAACUCGCGGUGUGCUCAAGGUCUUCCUUGAGAACGUGAUCCGUGACGCUGUCACCUACACCGAGCACGCCAAGCGCAAAACCGUGACCGCCAUGGACGUGGUCUAUGCCCUGAAGCGCCAGGGACGCACCCUCUACGGUUUUGGCGGUUAAGCGCGUCAAAAUGCAUCUACUUAAUCAAUAACCAAGGGGUUAACUUAACUACAUUCAAAUUACUUGAUCCAAUUAAAUAUUAACCAGUAGUAUUCAACAUACACUUAAUCAGACGAAUAU